AUGAACGACGGCCAUCAGUUUAGUAUCGAGACACCAUUCAGUAUCGACAAUCCAUUUGGUAUCGACAGUCCAUUUGGUAUCGAAAGUCCUAUUGGUAUCGACAAUCCAUUUGGUAUCGACAAUCCAUUUGAUAGAGACAGUCCAUUUGGUAGAGACAGUCCAUUUGGUAUCCAAUUUAGUAUCGACAAUCCAUUUGGUAUCGACAGUCGGUUUGGUAUCGACAAUCCAUUUGAUAUCGACAAUUCUUUUGAAAUCGACAAUCCAUUUGGUAUCGACAGUCCAUUUUGUAUCGAUAGUCCAUUUGGUAUCGACAAUCCUUUUGGUAUCGACAGUCCAUUUUGUAUCGAUAGUCCAUUUGGUAUCGACAAUCCUUUUGGUAUCGACAGUCCAUUUUGUAUCGAUAGUCCAUUUGGUAUCGACAAUCCUUUUGGUAUCGACAGUCCAUUUUGUAUCGACAGUCCAUUUGAUAUCGACAAUCCAUUUGGUAGAGACAAUCCAUUUAGUAUCGACCAUCCACAGUCCAUUUGUUUCGACAAUCCAUUUGAUAUCGACAAUCCAUUUGGUAUUGACAAUCCAUUUGAUAUCGACAGUCCAUUUGGUAUCGAUAAUCCAAUUGGUAUUUCAUUUAGUAUCGACAAUCCAUCUAGUAUCUACAAUCCAUUUAGUAUUCCAUUUGGUAUCGACAAUCCAUUUGGUAUCGACAAUCCAUUUGGUAUCUACAAUCCAUUUGGUAUCUACAAUCCAUUUGGUAUCGACAAUCCAUUUGGUAUCUACAAUCCAUUUGGUAUCGACAAUCCAUUUGGUAUCGACAGUACAUUUGGUAGAGACAGGCCAUUUAGUGUCGACAAUUCAUUUAAAACCGACAAUAUGUUAAGUAUCCUAACUCAUGCAACUUAA